ACGCGCGCCUGACGUCUUUUAGUUUACGCGCGACUCUCUGGGCACAUUUCCUGAUAUAAUAAAGUGUUGCAGUUAUUGAUAAAAAUUGCUAAAACAAGAAUAAGUGAAAGUGAAAUAAUGAAAUUUCUCCUAGAGGAAGAUGAUGAAACUUUAAGUGAUGAAGGAUCAGAAGUCUCUGACCACUUAUCUUAUGUGGAAUGUAAUGAGGAAUCAGAAAUAUCUGAAUGUAGACCAGAUGUGGAAUCUGAUGAAAAAAUGGAACAUUUAAACGAAGAAAGUAACUCGGAAGAGGAAAACAUUCCUUUGGCUGAUAGAGCUGCAUACUUCAUGGCACGUGGUAAUGUUACAAAAUGGAAAAAAUCAAAUAGUGAUAGAGUCAGGUAUCCACCCCAUAAUAUUCAGACUCAAGAGGUUGGUGCUCUUGGAAAAGGCAUGGGCGUAACAACAUCUAUAAAAGCAUGGGAUUUGUUUAUAUGCGAUAAAAUUAUAACGACAGUAGUAAAAUAUACAAACGAAUUUAUACAGAAAAAAGAAAGCGCAUACUGCAGAGUUCGAGAUUGUAAAACUACCGAUUCUGUUGAGAUUCGGGCCCUGUUCGGAUUAUUAUAUAUUGCUGGAACCUUACGAAUGUCUCAUGGAAACUUGGAGGAUGUGUAUAGUGAUGCUACUGGUCGAGACCAUACGGGUGUUUUAAAGUUUCUGUUGGAACAUACUAAAAAUGAAGAUGCUAAGGGGUCGACCUGCCAAGAAAUGGAUGCAGAGAAAAAACAGUUCCUCGCAUCAGCCUUAAAUAAUAUGACAACAGAUGUAAUGAAAGAGUUUCAAAGAGCAAUUUCCAUUUUAGAGGAUCAAGAAUCAACUGUUGCUAAUAAAGUUAACGCUUUGAAUGUAAUUAGAGAGGGUAUUGACGAUAUAGAUUUUGCAAAUAGUUUUGUGAAGGCUGGUGGCUCAAUAUAUUUAGUCCAAAAUCUGACUCACACAAAUUGUGAAAUUAGAAGUUUAACUGCCUAUAUUAUUGCAGAAAUGUCACAAAAUAACCCAUUUUGUCAACAGCAUUUUGUAGAUGCAAAAACAAUUCCAGUGUUAAUUAAUUAUUUAAAUGAAUCUGAAGAGCUUGCAAACAGUGGCAUUCAUGCAGUAUCAUCUUUAUUACAAAACUUUAAACCUGGUUUAGUGGAGUUUUUGAACGUAAAUGGGAUACAAAUACUGUUAAAAUGUUUAGAUAAAAACAAUUCAAGACUGUCUGUAAGAGUUUGUUUUUUAAUUGGAAAGUUAGCAGAACAAGACAAUUUGCGAGAUGAAUUGAUCGAAAAAUUAGCGAUUACUCAGUUGGUAAAAUGUCUACCUGUGGCUAUUGCUGAAUAUGAUAGCAGACUGGAGACUACACUUUAUGCACUUUCUGAACUUUCAAAGAGUAAUAAGUGGAUGAUCGAAGAAAGUCAAGAAGAGAAAUUAAAAUCAUUGACUACUGGCAUUGUUGAAAAUUAUGCCAUUGAAGAAGAAUAUGAGGAAAUCUAUCGACAUUCAUGUGCAAUUCUUCGUAAACUGGAUACUCAUGCAAACACUAGAUGAAAUGUAUGCAAAUUCAAAGAUUAAAUGGAGUCACGUUCGAAAUUGGAAUUAGUCAUAAAAUGGAGUUGUAAUAACUUAAAGAUAGUUAAAUAUACAUACAUAACCUAAACUUUUGUAAUUUAAUAAUAACAAUAAAAAAAUUCGUACGUUAAUCAAAAGUAAA